AUGUUUCCAAAGCUUCUUGUCACCACUGCAACCGCAUUGUUGUCUGCUAGAGUCAUAUUUGCUCAGACUUACAGUUCUUGUAAUCCAUUAUACACAACCAGCUGUCCUGCCAAUACGGCCCUGGGGAAAUCUAUCGAUGUUGACUUUACUUCGGGAUCCGUCGAUUCCUUCAGUGCCUCUGGCGAUAUUACAUACGACUCCAAUGGCGCUUCACUCAAGGUAUCCGAAUCGGGCGACGCACCCACACUUUCUAGUAUCUUCUAUAUAAUGUUCGGAAAGGUGCAGAUCACAAUGAAGGCAGCUCCUGGGGCGGGUAUUGUUAGCACGCUGGUUUUACAAUCUGAUGACUUGGAUGAGAUUGAUAUGGAAUGGCUUGGAGCGGAUGAUACUGAAGUACAAACCAAUUAUUUCGGCAAAGGCAAGGUCACAGAUUACAACCGUGGAGCAUUUAACCCUGCUGCAAACAACCAAGGCGAAUUCAUUACCUACACUAUCGAAUGGACUUCAGAGCAGGUGGUUUGGUCAGUAGGCUCUACUGUAGUCAGAGUCCUUACACCAGCUACAUCCGAUACGGAUCAAUACCCACAAUCACCAAUGCAAAUCAAGUUUGGGGCAUGGUCAGGAGGAGACUCAUCGAAUGCCGCAGGGACAAUUUCCUGGGCGCGUGGUCCAACUGAUUACUCUAAUGGACCUUUCACUAUGGUCGUUCAGUCAAUUGACGUUAGUGAUUAUUCCACCGGUACCCAAUACAAAUAUGGAGACGAAUCUGGAGACUGGACAUCAAUCGAGGCUGUUGGUGGAUCAGUGAAUGGAAAUGUGCCAUCCUCAGCCUCAGUAAUUCAAACAGCUGGUGCUGCAGCUGUUACAUCUAGCUCCCCAACGAUCCCUGCCGGAAUCAAUAAUGGUAAUUCGGCCACUCAAACCGGAUGGCCUUGGGUUGCCGGAACGCAAACCGUAUCGCAAGUGACAUGGAGUACCGGGCCAAGCAUUCCCUCUGGUUGGGAAAUAUCUUCUACCGGGAAAAUUGUCCCCGUAUCAACAGGAUUAAUCCCAUCCUCUUCUGUGGACCCCUUACUUUCUUCAUCUUUGCCGCCAUCGGGAGAUGGCCCUGAAAUUAUCACGGGUUGGGAUUCUAGAGGAUUUGCUGUAACAAGCACAAUUUUUGUAGGAUGCAAUACGGCGAAAACUUAUGAUCAGCAAGGGUUUCUAGUAACGGGAAUAGGCGCUUGUACGACUGGAUCUGAUCAAGGAGGCCUCGGCACGAAUGCUGCAGGUGCCAUUGGCGGAAAAGUCAGGAGCACGAAUAAUGCUGUACAUGAUCACAAGGCUCUGCCUACAGUAUUGGACAUAGUGGCCGUGGCCGUGGGCGCGUUGUGGGUAUGA